GUGGUGGACAAAGACCAAACAGUUUGCUGUUGAAACACAACAGUAUAAAUUAAUACUGUAUACAAUUAUUGACAGAAAAUGGUCAAUAUAGUCCUCUGUAGUUCAGUUAGUAGAGCAUGGCGCCUGCAACGCCAGGAUAGUGAGUUUGAUUCCCGGGACCACCCAUACAGUACGUUAAAUAUAUGCAUGACUAAGUUGCUUCGGAUGAAAGUGUCUGCUAAAUGGCAUAUUAUAAGAUGCAUAGACAAUUGUCAUGAUUUAUCGUAUGGUAACAAUCUUUGAAAGAUUUGUGAAGAGGUAGAUUUAGUCAGAGAGGAAUAGAGCCCCACAGUGGAGGUGUCACAAUACCCAUAAAACCUAGUGUUGAAACAGGGAAAUAGUUCCAAUCGUUUUUCCAGGGGAUUUUGAGAAACACUUAAAAAUAAGGGCUGUGUUUCGUGUAGGCUUACCCUGGCGUAACGUUUCGAUAACCAUGUAAAUCUCUUUCAAACAAGGUGACUUUUAUCAAUAAAUUCAGCUCUAUUUACUUUCAGAUUCGAAAACGCUAAUUGCCAUCAAAGUAGACAUCAUGCAAGACAACACAUCCUAGCAAGCUCCUGCACGUCAUCUCUAGCUGGCACCUUUGCUAACAGUGGACUGUGAUGACGGAGCGGAGCGGUUCAGUGGUCACCGUGGCGAUCGACCGGCACGUAACAUUGCUGGAAGAGCUGACUGUCUUCGACAGCGACCCCGACCUGACUGUAGCAGUGAUCCAUGGCAACGGCGAGACACCCUGGACCCUGCACAGACAGGAGACUACAGACAGGAGACUACAGACAGGAGACUACAGACAGGAGACUACAGACAGGAGACUACAGACAGGAGAUCAGCUAAUUCUGACAAAGGGUCACUCUGAGUUUCUCUACUAUUGUUGCUUUUUCACAGGCAUCCCAAUUUAGAUUUGUUCCCCAGUUAUUGACAAAAUAUCUGAUCUGAUUGGUCAAAAGACCAAUUAGUUGCAAAUAUAUCAUAAUUGGGCUUCCUGUUUAAACACAGCUAUGACAACACCUGAUGAUGAGGAUGUGUUGUCUUUCCACAGCUCACUUACAGUUAUACAUACAAAACAUGACACUCAUCACUCCACCCCAGACAUACAGAACAGUAGACAGCAUCACUCUAUCCCAGACAUACAGAACAGUAGACAGCAUCACUCUCCUCCAGACAUACAGAACAGUAGACAGCAUCACUCUCCUCCAGACAUACAGAACAGUAGACAGCAUCACUCUCCUCCAGACAUACAAAACAGUAGACAGCAUCACUCUAUCCCAGACAUACAGAACUGUAGACAGCAUCACUCUAUCCCAGACAUACAGAACAGUAGACAGCAUCACUCUAUCCCAGACAUACAGAACCGUAGACAGCAUCACUCUAUCCCAGACAUACAGAACAGUAGACAGCAUCACUCUAUCCCAGACAUACAGAACAGUAGACAGCAUCAUUCUCCUCCAGACAUACAGAACAGUAGACGGCAUCACUCUAUCCCAGACAUACAGAACAGUAGACAGCAUCACUCUAUCCCAGACAUACAGAACAGUAGACAGCAUCACUCUCCUCCAGACAUACAGAACAGUAGACAGCAUCACUCUCCUCCAGACAUACAAAACAGUAGACAGCAUCACUCUAUCCCAGACAUACAGAACUGUAGACAGCAUCACUCUAUCCCAGACAUACAGAACAGUAGACAGCAUCACUCUAUCCCAGACAUACAGAACCGUAGACAGCAUCACUCUAUCCCAGACAUACAGAACAGUAAACAGCAUCACUCUAUCCCAGACAUACAGAACAGUAGACAGCAUCACUCUCCUCCAGACAUACAGAACAGUAGACAGCAUCACUCUAUCCCAGACAUACAGAACAGUAGACAGCAUCACUCUAUCCCAGACAUACAGAACAGUAGACAGCAUCACUCUAUCCCAGACAUACAGAACAGUAGACAGCAUCUCUAUCCCAGACAUACAGAACCGUAAAAGCAUCACUCUAUCCCAGACAUACAAAACAGUAGACAGCAUCACUCUAUCCCAGACAUACAGAACAGUAGACAGCAUCACUCUAUCCCAGACAUACAGAGCAGUAGACAGCAUUACUCUAUCCUAGACAUACAGAACAGUAGACAGCAUCACUCUCCUCCAGACAUACAGAACAGUAGACAGCAUCACUCUCCUCCAGACAUACAGAACAGUAGACAGCAUCUCUAUCCCAGACAUACAGAACCGUAGACAGCGUCACUCUAUCCAUGACAUACAGAACAGUAGACAGCAUCACUCUAUCCCAGACAUACAGAACAGUGUACAGCAUCACUAUAUCCCAGACAUACAGAACAGUGUACAGCAUCACUCUAUCCCAGACAUACAGAACAGUGGACAGCAUCACUCUAUCCCAGACAUACAGAACAGUGUACAGCAUCACUCUAUCCCAGACAUACAGAACCAUAGACAGCGUCACUCUAUCCCAGACAUACAGAACAGUAGACAGCGUCACUCUCCUCCAGACAUACAGAACAGUAGACAGCAAAUUAGCAGUGAGGCAAUGAAACCCCUUUUG